AGUGGGCGUCCAGGCUCCGCCCAGAGGAUCUCACUAAUGAGGAGUGACACACUUGAGGUGGAUACAAACUGGAGGAGAGAGAGAGACUCCGUCACUCUCCAUCACAUCUGCGGACCGGACCGGGUCUCCGACAGCUUCUCUCAGAGCUUUCAGGAGUCGCUCAGCAUGACGCACCAGUUCCCGCCGCUGUCUGAAGCUCAGAAGAGGGAGCUCCACGAGACGGCUCGGCGCAUCGUUUCUCCCGGGAAGGGCAUCCUGGCAGCAGAUGAGUCUGUCGGCAGCAUGGCCAAGAGGCUGGCCCAGGUGGGAGUGGAGAACACGGAGGAGAACCGGAGGCAGUACCGCCAGAUCCUCUUCAGCGCCGACGACCGGAUCAACGGCUGCAUCGGAGGGGUCAUCUUCUUCCACGAGACGCUGUACCAGCACUCCGAUAGCGGCGUCUCGUUUGUCAAAAUGAUCAGGGACAGAGGGAUCCUGGUCGGGGUCAAGGUGGACAAAGGCGUUGUCCCUCUGGCGGGAACCUGUGGAGAAACCACCACUCAGGGUUUGGACGGACUGUCCGAGCGCUGCGCCCAGUACAAGAAGGACGGAGCCGUGUUUGCCAAGUGGCGCUGUGUGCUGAAGCUCAGCGAGGCCAACCCUUCUCAGCUGGCCAUCACGGAGAACGCCAACGUGCUGGCACGCUAUUCCAGCAUCUGCCAACAGCAUGGCAUCGUGCCCGUCAUAGAGCCGGAGAUUCUGCCCGACGGCGACCACGACCUGAAACGCAGCCAGUACGUCACUGAGAAGGUCCUGGCCGCCGUCUACAAGGCCAUGUCGGACCACCACGUGUACCUGGAGGGCAGCCUGCUCAAACCCAACAUGGUCACUCCUGGACACAGCUGCCCCACCAAGUACAGCCCCGAGGAGGUCGCCAUGGCAACCCUCACCGCCCUCCGCCGCACUGUCCCUCCGGCGGUCACAGGAGUGGCGUUCCUCUCCGGAGGUCAGAGCGAAGAAGAGGCCUCCAUCCACCUGAACGCCAUCAACCUCUGCCCCCUGCCCAAACCCUGGACCCUGACCUUCUCGUUCGGCCGCGCCCUGCAGGCGUCGGCCCUGAGAGCCUGGAGGGGACACAAGGAGAACGAGAAGGCUGCCACCGAGCAGUUCAUCAAGCGGGCGGAGGUCAACAGUCUGGCCUGUCAGGGGAAGUACAGCGGCGGUGAAAACUACAGCGACGCUGGACAGCGUAGCUACGGCUCCUGCCACGCUUACUGAGCACAACAAGAAGCCCCACUUUAACCGCCAUCCAUUUUACUGAGUCAUGUGUCGCCGAGGCGUCGUGAUGUAGGGAUCACGCAUGAUGAUGGAAGACAAACAGCUGGCAGCAUGUUUUUAUUCUCCCACCUUCACAAAGGAGGACAAUCAGCUCAUGGCCUUGGGUAUUUCUAAUGCACGGUACAGAAUGGAAGAUG